CUGGAGACAUAGAAAUGGGUCAUCCCUCUCCCGCACAGGUCACUGUACGACCAACUACCCUCGCCCACCAGGCCAAGUGCCGGAAAGAGCGGCGGCGGCAAAGCGCAAGAUCCGGCGUGCUGGUGCGGCCAGGACUCGCCGACGGAUGGGAGAGCGGUCGCCGGCAGCGGCGGAGGCUCAAGGAUGGACCUCAAUGGUACAGGUUCAUCAAGCAUGAUGCAGGGGAGCCACAAUCAAGAAGGUGAUGGAGCUCCACAACAAUUAUACCCACAAGCCGUGGCAGUUCAGUUUGCACAGGGUCAGUUCAUGUAUCCAAAUGAUCAAUGGAACUUCAUGGUUCCUGGUAAUGUGCAAAACUCGGCCGCAAAUGAGAUCCAAGUUGGGGAGGAGCACCCUCAACAACUUAAUGGCCAUGACGAUUUAGUUACCCAUAUUACAACAGAAGAAAAUGCUGUGACAUCCAAAUCUAAGAUACCAGCUAAAGGCAAGAAGGUUGCCAGAAGGGGAUCAGGGUUCUCAAAGGAGGAGGACAAGAUAAUAUGCUCAGCCUUUCUGAACAUCAGCAAAGAUCCAAUAACAGGAGUGAAUCAAAGCAGUGGCGGGUACUACAAAAGGAUUCAUGACUACUACAAGCAACACAAGCCCGAGGGAUCAGAGAGAAGCCAAAUUGCUAUUCAACAUCGAUGGGCUGCCAUCCAGAAAGCUGUCAACAAAUUCUGUGGCUUCAAAUCAGCUGUAGACCGCAGGGAUCAGAGUGGCACGAACGAACAAGAUACGAUCGAUGAAGCUAUCAAGAUGUUCGAAAAAAAUGAACCUUUCACCUAUUUACAUUGCUGGAAGUUGUUGAAGGAUGAGGUAAAAUGGAGUGACAGAAUGGUGGAGUUGAACGCAGCUGCAUCCAAGCCACCACAGGCUGCAGCUGAAUCAGGCAGCAACAAUGGUCAACCUGCUCGGCCUGAGGGUAGGGAUGCUGCUAAACGCCGCAAGACAGACGGUGGUCCUGAUUCAUCAGCUUCAAGCACUGCCUUUGCUGUGCUGCAGCAAAUGAAUGACAGGUGCGAAGAAUCAGGUCAACAGCAGGAAGCCCAUAUGCAGAAGAUUUUGGGCAUGAAUUAA